UCACGGUGUCUGUAAAGGGUGCUAUACCGUUCUUAUUUGGUUCCAAAAUCCAUAUCCAUUGCCAUCUUCACCGAUUCCGAAGUAUUGGGCCCAUUCAUCCACACGGAAAUACGAUGCCGUUUACGAACUGAGAGACCUCAGGCAGGUGCUUUGUUUUUUGAGGGGCCCCCGUGAACGGGUACACCUUGUGGAGCCACAGAGCAGAAUUGAACGGUGGAGCUUCGAGUUCGCCGCCGCCGCCAAUUCUUAGUAUCACGACGUGGUCACCACGCCACCGACGAACCCAUCCUCAUCCUUUAUCAUUAUUCCGAGGUCCCAACAAGACGGUGAUGUCAGAAAUGCCGGUCCUUAGCCUUCUUGGGUUGACCCGCCAUCAUUUAUUCGAGACAUGGACAUGCAAGGGUUGUGGCGGAAUUGAGUGCCGGACGGCCAUCCGAAUAGAUUCUUCCGAAAAGGUCACAGUUUUGUUGAGUAAUCCAUCAAAAGACAUUUACCAACGAUUCGUUAUUUUUUUGAGCCCACUGUCCUGGGUUUUCCUUCCCUUCACCUUUAUAUUACUCAUGGCGCUGCUAUAUCGGCACUUCUUUCUGUCUUUCCCGUCGCUAUGUCCCACAUAAUCUAUGAAAACCGCACGACUGAUACAGACGACCUUGGAGUAGAAAGGAAGGAUACUGAAGAGGAAUGUGGGCAAACUGGAGCGGAAGAGAGGAGGGGUGAAAUGGAGAAGGCGCCAUGGAAGGAUAUGACGAAAAAUGCUGCGAAGACGGUAGUCCACCACCUCACCACGCAUGCUGGUGUUGGAAUGGUCUGUGCUGUUGCUUAUUUCGAUCCCGGUAACUGGGGGGUCGACCUCCAAGCUGGUUCAGAAUUCGGUUACAGCCUAUUAUUUGUGGUCCUCCUAGCUGGCGUUAUUGCUGUGUUUUUUCAGGUGUUGGCUUGUAGGUUAGGUUGCGUUACGGGUUUGGACCUCGCCUCCCAUUGCCGCAUUCUGUUCAACAACAACCCUAGAUCCCGUUGGCUUUGCCUCUACCCGCUUUACGUCCUCUCCGAGAUUGCUAUAAUAUCCACGGACUUGGCUGAGUUACUUGGCAGCGCAAUUGCGUUAACCCUUCUUUUUCCAAGGCUGGAAUUAUGGCAUGGUGUUUUGAUUACCACAUUUGACGUGUUGAUUCUUCUGGCGCUGGGAGAUCCUCUAGGAAACAGACCCGUCAAGUGGUUUGAAUGGGUGGUUUCUGGAUUAGUUUUGGCCGUAUUGGUCUGCAUGUGUAUCAUUCUCGGAAAGAGUGACAUUCACUGGGGGGACGUAUUCUUUGGGUAUGUUCCAUCGAGACAUAUCUUCCUGGAUGGAGCACUGUACACUUCCGUCGGAAUCAUGGGUGCUACAGUGAUGCCACAUAGCCUGUUCCUUGGGUCUGCUCUUGCUACCCAGAAUCGCACUGCUGGUCCUGAACCCCCUCAAGACAGUUUGGUAUAUGAUCCGGGUACCCCUUCGACCUGGCUUUCGCGAGUCCUCGUUUUCGUCGUCCGCGCAUUUCAAAGACCGCCUCCUAACCCAUCCACGACGUCUGCAAUACACCAUUCAGAAAGGGAGAACAACUCGCUGCAGUUCGUCAAGGAGCAUUUGUACCACGGGAUCAUUGACGUGUCGUUUUCGUUGUUGGGAUUCGCAGUGUUGAUCAAUAGCUCUAUCCUCAUCAUCGCCAGCACCGUGUUUUACCAGCACCGAGAGGAAAAUUUGAAGUCCGCAGGGUUGUUUGAGGCGUACGACGUGGUUGAGGACACCGUAGGGGAAGGUGCUGCUACCUUAUUUGCGCUUGCUCUCCUUGCUGCAGGACAAAGCGCAUCUGUAAUAGCCACAGUAGCGGGCCAAGCCGUUUCCGAAGGAUUUCUGAGAUGGCGUACCUCCCCCGUGUUACGCCGGCUACUUACUCGACUUCUCUCGGUAAUACCAUCCAUGACGGUGGCGGUUGCAGUUGGACGAGAUGGUAUCGAUGAUUUGCUUGUCAUAUCGCAAGUCGUGUUAUCUGUGGUGCUGCCAUUCAUAACUUUCCCGCUGUUAUAUUUGACGUCGAGGAAAGAGGUGAUGAGGGUGAAAGUGAGAGUAGAAGGGCGGCAGUUGAUGGGCUCCUCUUCUGCUAUCCGCGAUGCUGGCCAUAACGCUACGGAAAGGGAGAAGGAAGAACAGGUUCUUAACGGUGGAGCGUUGGAAACGGUACAGGUAGAAGUUCAAGCUCAAGUGCCGCCUUCUACUAGUCCUGCGAACGAUUUGGAGACUCAAUCUCGUGAUGAAUACGUCUACUUCAACAACGGAUUCGUCGCCAUAUUCAUCGGGGGGUUGAUAUGGCUGCUCCUACUAGCCGCAAAUGGGCUCGUGAUAGUGACGCUGGCUUUGGGGAAGGGGGAUGGAUAA